AUGCCGAGACGGCUAGCCCACCGCGUAUUUAUAGGAAUCAAUAUCACAUCUUAUGAUGCUGAAAACACGUUCACAGUAGUAGUAGAGAAAGACGGUCGUGGUCUCGGCAUGUCAGUCUGCGGGGGCGGUGGACUAGUCAGGAUACGGAGACUGUAUCCCCCACAGCCGGCUUGGCGUACUGGCCGGUUGGCACCUAGAGACCUCCUGCUAUCCGCCAACGGUGUUCCACUGGCAGGACUCAGCACUUACAAUAUGAACGAGAUCUUCCUUAAAAGAGAGGGUGCACGGAUUAAUGGGUAUGCCAUUCGCGUUUUGAAUAGCCUUCAAGAGUCCCACACACCCCUGCCACCUGUCAAGCGGAGGAGACAAUGCGUUAAGCAUUCCACCAACUAUAAAAAAAGGCUGCUUGGUUAUGUCAAAUAUUCGUUUUUAGACAGUACAGUACAUCCAGAAGUUAUAUGCACGAGUGACUCUACAGACUGGUGA